AAAUUUCCAAAAUAAUAUCCCAGAAUCAUGACAAAUGAUCAGCAAUAUCAGGAACCGGAAGCCGAAGUGGAAAAUGUCCGAGUUGUGGUACGUGCAAGACCCAUGGACAAAAAUGAAUUGACUGCGGGGGCAUUGGGUGUAAUCAAAGUGGAUAAACUGAAGAGGGCUAUAACAGUGGUUAAACCAAACGCCACUGUCAAUGAACCACCCAAGACGUAUUAUUUCGACAAUGUUUUCGAUGGUGAUAGCAGUCAACUGGAUCUGUAUGUAGACACUGCUAGACCCAUUGUGGAGAAAGUCUUGGAAGGCUACAAUGGAACCAUUUUGGCGUAUGGUCAAACGGGUACGGGUAAAACCUACACCAUGUCCGGCAAUCCGGAGAGUCCCCAAACUAAGGGUAUAAUACCAAAUGCCUUUGCCCACAUUUUCGGCCAUAUUGCCAAGGCUAAAGAGAAUCAGAAAUUUUUGGUAAGGGUCAGCUAUAUGGAAAUUUACAAUGAAGAAGUUCGUGAUUUGUUGGGAAAGGAUGUAACCAAAAGUUUGGAAGUUAAAGAAAGGCCUGACAUUGGUGUAUUCGUAAAAGAUCUCAGUGGCUAUGUGGUCCACAACGCUGACGAUUUGGAGAACAUUAUGAAAUUGGGUAAUAAGAAUCGUGUGGUGGGCGCCACUAAAAUGAAUCAAGAGUCGUCGCGUUCACAUGCCAUAUUCUCCAUCACUAUUGAGCGCAGCGAAUUGGGAGAAGGUGGCCAACAACAUGUCCGAAUGGGUAAAUUGCAAUUGGUGGAUUUGGCCGGUUCGGAAAGGCAGAGCAAAACCCAGGCCAGUGGCCAACGUUUGAAGGAGGCUACAAAAAUCAACUUAUCCCUUUCCGUGUUGGGUAACGUCAUCAGUGCUUUGGUGGAUGGCAAAAGCUCUCACAUUCCAUAUAGAAACUCAAAAUUGACCCGUUUGUUGCAAGAUUCCUUAGGUGGCAAUUCAAAGACCGUCAUGUGUGCCACAAUCUCGCCAGCAGACACUAAUUACAUGGAAACCAUUUCCACACUGCGUUACGCCAGUCGCACCAAAAACAUCACAAAUCGUAUGCACGUUAACGAGGAACCCAAGGAUGCCUUGCUCCGGCACUUCCAGGAAGAAAUCGAACGUCUACGCAAACAACUGGAGGAGGGCUACGAAGAGGAGCAGCCAGAGGAAGAGGUUGAGGAGGUGGAAGAAGAUGAAGACGACGAAGAAAUUGAGGCCGAGGUUCUGGCAGAAGAUCAAAACCAAAUAACCGAAAAAGCCUUGGAGAAGCAACGUUUGCGAGAAUUGAAGCAAGCCAAGAAGGAGGCUCUCGAGAAACGUAAACGGGAACAUCAAAUGGAAAUAUCGAAAACCAAAUCAGAACAAGAACAGUUACGCAAUAAACUUAUGUCAUUGGAAGGCAAGAUUUUGGUGGGCGGUGAAAAUCUCUUGGAAAAGGCUCAGACCCAGGAGAAGUUAUUGGAGCAGUCAUUGAAAGAGUUGGAGGAACGGGAGAAGGCGGAACAAAUGUUGCGUGAGACUUUGCAACAAAAAGAAACCGAACGUAUCGACAUCGAAGAACGCUACUCAUCGCUGCAAGAAGCCAACACGGGUAUAACCAAGAAGAUACAUCGGGUAAUGCAAAUGUUGAUGGGUGUCAAGUCGGAAUUGGCUGAUCAACAGCAGGAACAUCAGCGAGAAAAGGAAGCGAUUUAUGAAAACAUACGCUCCCUUUCACGUGAAUUGGCCCUCUGUGAGCUGGUCUUGAACUCAUACAUACCCAAAGAGUAUCAGACAAUGAUUAACGAAUACACCCAUUGGAACGAAGACAUUGGAGAGUGGCAAUUAAAAUGUGUUGCCUACACUGGUAACAAUAUGCGCAAACACAUCACCGACUCGAAGGCCUCGACCAAAGAUAACAACGAUUUUGUGGAUUUGUCACAUGUCUAUCUUAGCUACAAUUCCGAUUCGGUAACACAACCUGUUCGUGCCAAGUCAUCGAUAGCACGUCCACGUACAUCAGGUGUUCCCCGACCAACAACAGCACGACGAUAUUGAGCAGAUCUUUAUAUUCCCCCAGUGGGAUAUCAUCCAUACGAUCCGUAUACAUCGCAGCUAUCCCCAGAAUUUUUUGCAUCAUUGCUACGGUCCCAGUGCUGGUUUAUUAUUGCAUUAUUUUUCACUUACUAUUGCUUUCACCUAAUGGUCUCAUCGGCAAAAUCA